ACAAGAUCAUCUUCCCAUCCGGUGGUUUUCCUAUUGGCGUGACGCUGGCGUGCAGGAUUCAGGCUGCUUUAAUCUCCAAAUAUACUAUAUGCUUACGGCCGUGGAGUCAACCGCGAUGUCCUUCGACUCUGAUGUCGAGCAUGCUGCCGAUGAAACCAUGUUUCGACCCGCUUCCUCCACUUCACAGGAAGACACCAUCACUUUCGAGCGAAAAUCAUGUCACAGUCUCAACACAUGCGACAAGUUCAUUGUCAAAGAACGAGUUUACACACAACAGUAUGCGGGCAUCUAUUUCAGCAGACUCAACAUGCUCCGGCCAAAGGUCCUUUCUGCUGCAAAAGAACGAUGGGCAAGAGCUGGAGCCAGUCCACCACAUAUUCCCAGAGCGCUGGAUGUCCGGCCCGGAGAAGUGUGCUACAUAGCGGGUACCAUUUACGUUGAUAUGCCCUUAAAACCGAACAUUUUGGAUGAAGUUACACAAGAGCAUUGGGUUAUUGCGCCUCCACCAAGAAGCAAGUACGCUAGUGAUGAAGAUGAGGUGGUACUGGAAGACGAAUCGGGGCGGGUAAAGCUGACUGGAGAGAUUUUGAAAGACACAAUGCUCGUCACAGGCAUUAUUGUAGCUGUUCUUGGUUGCGAGAAUGCGAGUGGUGAUUUUGAAGUGAUUGAUAUAUGUUAUCCACAACUGGCACCACAGCCUACGCUGCCCCCGAGUGAAGGAGACACGUUCAUUGCCAUUGCGUCUGGUCUUAGCGUGGGUGAUGAGACCUUCAACUUGGAGUUGGAACUGCUGUCUGAUUUUCUUGCUGGCGAAUUAGGAAGCGAAAGGGAACAACGUACUGCUUCAUGCAUCACUCGCCUAAUACUGGCGGGAAAUUCUGUGGCAAAACCCAAACUGGUCGAGGAGGAAAAGCGUCCCUCAAGAAACAAAUACGGCUCAGAAAGCACGGCCACUAGGAAAGAGCCGUUACAUGUAGUGGAUACUGUGCUCUCACAACUGUGCGAGAACCUUGAUGUUGACAUCCUUCCGGGUGAAACUGAUCCCGCCAAUUGCUCGCUGCCGCAGCAGCCUAUCCACUUUGCUAUUUUCCCCAAUGCUUCGAAAUUUUCCACUUUCAAUACGGUCACGAAUCCCUAUUCUGCAGAGAUUGGGGGCCUUAGUGUACUGGGCACGUCUGGACAGAACAUCGACGACAUUUUCCGAUUUGUAACGUCCGAAGAUCGCCUGUCAAUGGCGGAAAAUACAUUGCGAUGGGCGCAUUUAGCGCCGACGGCUCCUGAUACCCUAUGGUGCCAUCCUUAUAAGGAUACGGAUCCGUUCGUCAUCAAACAUCCUCCUCACCUUUAUUUCAUUGGUAAUCAACCGGCAUAUGAAACUAGUUUGGUGGAAGACGCUAAGGGCAGCAAAACCCGCAUAGUACUAAUACCAUCCUUUGCCGAGUCGGGUACAUUAGUUCUGGUGAACUCUAAAACACUGGAAUGCUGGCCUAUUGUGUUUAAGAGCGGUCUGAUGUAAACUCUUAGCUACCUGCCGGAUUACGUAUCCUAACGACAGCGAGCCUUAGCAGAACCGUAAUAUUUAUUUAUAAUGCGGAGCAUCCAUGAUGGCCUGUACAUAUUAUAAUGUUAUCCUCUGUUUACCCCCGAA